AUGGUGCGUUUCUGGAUCUGUUUAAACCCAACCAACAACCCUCUCAAGAUGCUACGAAGAGCCAGAGCAUCCAGGAGUUUCUCUCCUAUUUUCAGACGGUAUGCAUCCGGUCAAGAGGGAUCGCUUGGUUCAAGUCACAACACUCCUUUGAACGAGCUUGACAAGAAAUGGAAGAAACGAUGGAACGAAGUGUUCCCGAAUGGAUCUAUCCACUCAAGGCUCAAUGACUCGUCCCGCUCAGAAAACAACGGCAAAGACUCAUUCUAUUGCCUUACCAUGUUCCCAUACCCUUCCGGUAACUUGCACAUGGGGCAUCAGCGUGUCUACACUAUAAGUGAUGUGAUUGCACGGUUUAAGAAGCUCAAAGGAUACAAUGUGAUACAUCCCAUGGGUUGGGAUGCAUUUGGGCUUCCAGCUGAGAAUGCCGCUGUGGAGCGAGGCGCUGAUCCGGCCGACUGGACUGAGCAGAACGUGGAGCAGAUGAAGAAGCAGUUUGACCUCAUGCUUGUGGACUUCGACUGGGAAAGAGAGAUCAAUACAUCCUCUCCUGACUACUACAAAUGGACGCAAAAGCUUUUCACUUUGCUUUUCGAGAAAGGACUUGCCUAUCGGGCAGGCGCUGUCAUUAAUUGGGACCCUGUAGAUCAAACCGUUUUGGCCAACGAACAAGUUGAUUCUGAAGGACGUUCUUGGCGCUCUGGCGCUCUCGUUGAGAAGCGUGAGUUGGAGCAAUGGUUCAUUGGAAUUACGAAGUAUGCUGAGGAGUUGCUCAAUGACCUUACGCUUUUGGAGGGCUGGCCCGAGAAGGUAAAGGCCAUGCAGAAGAACUGGAUCGGUUUGAGCAAAGGCGCCGAUAUUGAUUUCCCUGUGUCAUCGGAACAAUUCUCAAACAUUCGUGUCUAUACGUCAAGGCCAGAUACCCUUUUUAGCGUCCAGUUCUUAGCCCUCUCUCUCGAGCAUCCCAUUGUCACAGAGCUAGCUCGGUCGAACCCUGAAUUGGCUCAGUUCAUUGAUCUGCAUUCUGAAUCAGAUAUACAUUCUACACUGAAAGAUGGAUUCGAGCUCAAAGGCAUCCGAGCUUCAAUUCCUUUAACUGUGGAUGGAACUACAAAUGAAACCUUCGAUGUGCCAAUUUUCGCAGCUCCCUACGUUAUUGGGGGAUAUGGCUCCGGCGCUGUCAUGGGAUGUCCCGCUCAUGACUCUCGAGAUAAUGCGUUCUGGAGUCAGCAUAGACCCGGUCAAGCCGUGAAACCAACAAUUCGUCCCCUCUCUGGAGAAACUGCUCCAGAAGACUUAAUUACUGAAACUGGAAUUGUAUCAGACAAUCUGAACUUACCCAAUGGCCUUCUGCAUCUUGGAAAGUUCAAUGGAUUAACUUCCGCCGAAGCCGGCAGUCUUGUAUGUGAAAGUCUUUCGAAAGCACAAAGAGGUGGAACAUCGACGCAACUUCGUAUCAGAGAUUGGCUCAUAAGUCGUCAAAGAUACUGGGGUGCUCCAAUUCCUAUAAUCCACUGUGAUUCAUGUGGUGCAGUGCCUGUGCCUGAUAAGGAUUUACCUGUUCUUCUCCCAAAAGUCAGCACCAAGAACUUUGGUAAAGGAAAUCCUUUGGGAAGCAUAGAGUCUUUCGUUAAUACGAAGUGUCCAUCAUGUGGCGGAGAUGCAAGAAGAGAGACCGAUACCAUGGAUACUUUCAUAGAUUCAUCAUGGUAUUUCUUCAGAUUUUGUGACCCUCACAAUUCUGAAGCCAUUUUCGACUACGAGAAAGCAUCUCGGACAAUGCCAGUAGAUCUUUACACUGGAGGUGUUGAGCACGCCAUUUUGCAUUUGCUUUAUUCAAGAUUCAUUUCGAAAUUCUUGGGUGACGCUGGCUUGUGGAAUGGAAAGAAUUUCAACAACGAGCCUAUUAAGAGACUUGUGACUCAAGGCAUGGUUCAUGGUAAAACUUACAAGGAUCCUGAAAACGGGAAAUUCUUGAAGCCUGACGAAAUCACUCUUUCUGCAUCUGGUGUGCCAAUGGCAAAAAAUUCUGGAAAAGAAGCUUUGGUUUCCUACGAAAAGAUGUCCAAGUCUAAGUACAAUGGAGUUGACCCGGCUGCUUGUAUCAAAAAGUACGGAGCAGACGCCGUGAGAGCACAUACAUUAUUCUCGGCGCCAAUAUCAGACGUUUUGCUCUGGAACGAGGAGCUGAUUCUGGGUAUUGAGCGUUGGUUGAAAAAGGUCCUCAAAAUGUCAUCUGAAGUUGUGAUGGCGAGUCAAACUUCAAAAAGUACUAUUAAGGCCUCCGAGACUAGUGGUAUCAUCUUGAACGGAGAGCAUUACGAAUUGUCUCUGCUCAGCCCCAAGGAACUACAAAUUUACAAUGCGACAGAGGAAUUCACUGCAAAGAUAUCGCAAUCGAUUGAUGUUGACUUGUCUCUCAAUACAAUUGUUCUGGAUUACAUGAAAUUGACCAAUCUUUUGCAAAGUGCAUUCAAGGAGAGAGUGCUGCAUGAAAUUAUACUCGAUUCAUACAAAAAGCUAUUGAUUUGUAUGGCUCCAGUUGUUCCGGCUAUCGCAGAAGAGUGCUGGGAGAUUUUGCUACGUGGAACAAACCAGACCUGGAGCUCUAUCUUCUCGCAAAAAUUCCCUGAUUCCAAACCCGCGUUGCUGAACAUUGUCAGCUAUAAUGUUAUCAUCAAUGGCAAAAGAGUCUGCGCAAUUUCAAGUGACGAAAAACUCAUAGGUCUUCCUGAACAGGAGAUCCUUUCUCUUGUAGUAGAGAACUUGCCCCCCAAAAAGAAUAUUGACACUAAUCGCAUUUCGAAGAUGGUCGUUAAGAAAGGUGUCAUCAGCCUUGUCUGUAAAUAA